AUGGAGAUAGAUAAUAAAAUAAUUAUUGUAGAUAAAAUACUUGAACAAAAAAUAGUUUCUAAAGAUUUUAAUUGCACUCAAUGUGAUAAGUUGGCAUUUCUUCCAAAUCAAUGUUUAAAUGGUCACAUUUUUUGUAGUUCAUGUAUAAAAAAUAAUAAAAGUUGCUCUGUUUGCCAAAUAGAUUUUGGAAAUGGGUUAAAAAUAGCUAAAAAUCUUUAUGUAGAAAAAAAUAUUUUAAAUAUGGAAGUCCACUGUUUAAAUUAUUUUAAAAAUUUAAAUAGCUAUAUCUAUGAAAAAGAAGAGGGCGGGUGCUCACAAAUUAUGAAGCUAUCAGAUCUAAAACUUCAUUUAGAGCUCUGUUCAUUUAAAUAUGUUAAAUGCCAAUAUAGCAAAAUUUGCGGUUCAAUAAGAAAAAAUCUUCUUCCAACUCACGAAAAAGCAUGCCAAUUCAAUUUGGUCCCAUGUAAGUUUUGUAAAGUUGAGAUUCAAAACAAUAGUAUGGACAACCAUAUAGCUAUAGAAUGUGAAGAGGCACAGAUCUCUUGUAAUAGGUGUUACCAAAGUAUAAUGAAAAAGGAACUUGUAAAUCAUUGGAGAGAUAGUUGUACUCAAUAUUCUCACAAAUGUGUUUAUGGUUCAUUUGGUUGUAGUAAAAUGUUGAAAAGGGGAGAGAUGGAAGUACAUGAAAACAAAUAUAAUCAUCACAAACUAAUUAGCAGUUUUAUGAAAAAAUGCCUAAUUGUUAAACCAGUAUAUUAUCAACUUCGUUUAGAUUUAUUCCCUUAUUUAAUUUUAACAAAAAAAUUUGCAAAAUUAACAACUGAUCGUUAUAUUUUAAAUUUCGAAUAUAUUUCAAAUUUACUAUUUAAAAUGUCAAUUCAAAUUAAAAAUAAUUUUAAAGAAGAUUUUAAUUUAAAUAUCCAUAUAUAUUCAAUUUUUUGUAAAGUUUUGGGUUCUUCAACUUGUACAAAAAUGAAAGAGAAUAUAGCAUAUGAAUUUAAUGGCGAUAUAAAUAAAACCUUAGAUUUAGAAAUCAUUUUGAAAGAACAGGAAAAUUAUCAUCCUAUAAAUUAA